AUGGCCUGUCAACUGUUGGGGACAGCAAAACCAGAAUUUGUUUUCGCGAGAGAUAAAGUAAAUUCAUUACAAAGCGACAAAAUGAGUGCAAAACGCAUCAAACAGGAAUCGAACCCCAAGAAAAGGUCAGCCCAGGAACCGAUGCAGUUGCUGCUGAAGGAGGCUAAGCAAGAGAAGCUGGAUAUCGACGAGAUGGAACUUAUGACCGCGGGGCUGGAAGACGAUGACGAAGGUGGAUGCUACUUUGUAGACCAGAAGGGGAACUACUACUUCCAAGCCAGCGAAGAUGCGGAAUUAAGAGCGGUGGAAAACGGACCGUCCGAGUUUGACCAGAUUAAUGGCGAGCAGGACAAGACUGAGGAGGAAGUCAGCUACGUGCUAAUAAUGAACGAUGGUGACAACAAAUCCACGAUUGUAGUAAACAAUGCCGAUGAGACGAGCCUGGAGGAUGGGAAGGACAACGAGAUUUACGAUUUUGAAGAUCCAGACUACAUCGUGCCGGAUCAGGAAACGGGCAAAAAGAACACUGCACGUGGCAAGCGUGGCCAAUCGAGCACGGGUUCGAUGUACAUGUGCAACUACUGUAACUACACCAGUAACAAGCUGUUCCUGCUGUCUCGGCAUCUAAAAACUCACUCCGAUGAUCGGCCACACAAGUGUGUGGUGUGUGAGCGAGGAUUCAAAACGCUGGCUUCUCUGCAGAACCACGUUAACACGCACACGGGCACCAAGCCGCAUCGGUGCAAACAUUGCGACAACUGUUUCACGACUUCGGGCGAACUUAUCCGGCACAUCCGCUAUCGUCAUACACACGAGCGGCCACACAAAUGUACGGAGUGUGACUACGCCAGUGUGGAGCUCAGCAAGCUGAAGCGUCACAUCCGCACGCAUACCGGCGAAAAACCGUUCCAGUGUCCGCACUGUACGUACGCGUCCCCAGACAAGUUUAAGCUGACGCGGCACAUGCGAAUCCACACCGGUGAGAAGCCUUACUCCUGUGACGUUUGUUUUGCACGGUUCACGCAGUCCAAUUCACUGAAGGCGCACAAAAUGAUACACCAAGUUGGCAACAAGCCAGUUUUCCAAUGCAAACUAUGCCCGACGACCUGCGGCCGCAAGACGGAUCUACGCAUUCAUGUGCAGAAUUUACACACCGCCGACAAACCGAUCAAGUGUAAGCGCUGUGACAACACGUUCCCCGAUCGGUAUAGCUACAAAAUACAUGCGAAAACGCACGAAGGUGAAAAGUGUUAUCGGUGCGACUACUGCCCGUACGCCUCGAUAUCGAUGCGCCAUCUGGAAUCGCAUCUGUUGCUGCACACGGAUCAAAAACCGUACAAGUGUGAUCAAUGUGCGCAAACGUUCCGGCAGAAGCAGCUGCUGAAACGACACAUCAACUACUAUCACAACCCGGACUACGUUGCACCGACACCGAAGGCGAAGACGCAUUCGUGUCCUAGCUGUGAUCGAUCGUUCCGGCACAAGGGUAAUCUCAUCCGCCACAUGGCACUGCACGAUCCCGAUUCUACGAUGAGCAAGGAGCUCGAAGCGUUGCGAGAAGGGCGUCAGAAGAAGGUGCAGAUCUCGUUCGAGGAUGACAUGUACAAGGGUGAAGAAGAUUACGAAGGCGAAGAAGAUGAAGACGAGGAAGAAGAAGAAGAUGAGGAGGAGGAUGAAGAGGAAGAGGAGGACGAUGAGGAAGAAUCUUCCAACCCGAUACAAACGAGUGAUGUCGUGACGGUCGAAGAUGAUGAUGGUCAGUACGUGGUGCUGGAAGUGAUACAGCUGCAGGAUAAGGAUAAUAAGGCUGCUGAUAAGACUCAAAAGAAGCGGACAGGUGUCAAACGUAAGGCAACGGUUUUAGCGCAAACAAGUUCCAAACCGACGACGUCAACUUCUGCUGUUGCUGCAACAUCAUCCCGUGUGACGAGGAGCGUGAAGAAAGAGCCAGCAGAAAUCAUCACGCAACCGUCGGAUCCUACGCUCAACAUGGAUGGCAUUAAUCUGGUGCUGGUGGAUGGUGGCGAAGGUGGGGACGGUGUUGACGAAGCGCAUGAGAUUGUGAUCGAGCAAGAUAGUGCGGGCGGUUCGGGCGAUGAGUUUCUCCUUUCGACAGAAGAUCUGCAGGAUACGGAAAUGCUGAUGUCUUCGUUGCAAAAUGCAAAACGAUCACGCUACGACGUUACCAUAAGCCAGGAAGAGUUGGAGAAGAACAUGAGCAACUGUUUCGGAUUCGAUGAAGAAGACGAUGAUGAUUUGGACACCAAAGCAACAAUAACGCUGCUAAACUAA